AUCACAGAGAGUCACCCAUACACAGAAAUUCGGCGAGCCGUUUGAAAGUCGGUUUUAUCGUGUUUUAUUGUUAUCGUAAUAUUAAGGAAUCGCGUUAAAGCGGUCGAUUGGCUAGCAGGCUAACCUGUGCUAGCCACUCUUGCUUUUAAAAGACAGAGUGGGGUUUGAUUUUUAGAUUUACAUAUACAUUUCACGAGAAAGCACAUAUUUGUAAGAUCUUAUACAAACGGUAUAAAUCUGUUUGCUUUUAGGUAUACAGAAAUUGUAGUGUUACAUGUGUUUAAACGCCUGUAUGCUUUUGACAGCAGCGGACCAGUCCGUCAAUAAUGAUGAGCAUCUUAUGGGCUUUCAUAAAUCUAAAAGGUUGCCUGCUUUUACAUAAAAUUCUUUGUUUUGGACUUUUUUAUUUCUUGUCUAUCAUCUAACGUUACUACUGUAGGUGUGAUUAAAAACAUAUUAUCCGUGUACCUAGAAUCCAUAUGAAUGGUUUUAUUGUAUAUCAUUAGUGCUUGCGUGGACAGGAUGUGCUGUAUGCAGUCCACCCAGUCAAAAGCAUUUCUGCAUAAAUCCAAGGUAGCUCACCUGUGCAGGUUGAACACCUGUACACUCAGCUGUUAUUGAUGAAUGGCGUGUCAUUUGUUUUAGAAGAUUGAUGAUUUUUUACAAUGUUUGCGAGUUGGGUGUUGCCAUGCCAAGAAACGGACGAACAUUGUUUUUGUGAUCUUAAAUUAUAUCAAUGGAUGAAUGCCUGUAGCUUGUACUAGUCCGUUUUUUUUAUAAGCAUCUUAUCUAAUGAUUAAGGUCUAGGGACACCUAUUUGGAUUAUAAAGGCACCAUACAGAUAAAGACAACUCAGAUCUGUAUAGCAAUAUUUAAUCAAGGACUGCCAUAUAAUUUCAUUAAAUGAAUAAUUUCUGGGGAUGUCUGCCAAUUAUUUGCCUUCAUCCAGUUAUCAUGUGUGGACUGUUUCCACAUACUAUAUAUAGGAGAACAGAAAAUGAUGGUAGUCUCGACUGUAAAAAUGUGAGUUUCAAGCAAGUUGAUAGAGGGAUUGCUUGCAGUAUCGGGACAGCACCACAUGUCAGUAGGUCUUUCGUUUGUUGAUCAUACUUAUUGCUUGCAAGCACAGAUAUUUGGCUUUUUACGAUUUGUUUCGUGUUGGGUUGUGACUUAUGGAUUCGGCUUUAUGUGAAUGUUCCCAAUCUUGGCAAUAUAGGCUCUUUGGGUUUAUAUGAAAUCUAUAAAUAGGUUGGGAAUUGAAAAUCAGUUCCAAUUCUUCAAUCUGAAGGUUAGGAAUGGAAUUCUUGAAAUAAAAUAAAAAUUGUAAUUCCUCAUAUUAGUUCCUGCGUGCACAUUUUCAGAAUUGUGCACGAGUCAACUUCUGAUUUGCUAAUAUCUCAAUAAAAACCCUUAAGCAAAUAAACCAUAUUUUUACUCUAGUGAUGAUAGUUUAACUAUGUUAUUUCUUGUAAAGCACAAUGACCACACAUUUGCCAUAGUUUUAUAGUAACUUGAGUUUAACAAUGACAUUUGUGGAUAAACUAUGGUGAUAGAAAUUGCAAUAAAUCUGACAAAAAAUUAUUGGUAGGUGUAGAUAUACACAAAAUGGUGCUUUGGAAUUGGAAUUGAUCAAAUACGAACAAUGCCCAACUCUGGCUAUGAAGUAGAUUCAGACAUACGUUUUCCUAUUUUUAACCAGGGCCAGUAAAUAUUGGUGGAGCCGAUUAAUGUCUGAAAUACAAGUUUGACUGGGCCAGCAGAAAGAAAAUAUUGUUGAACCCUGCAGUAUAAAUGUGUGUGUGUGUGUUUAUGUGUGUGUGUUUAGUUGAAGUCUUUGGAGUGGUAGAGCUCUCAAACAUAGAUAAGCCCCAGGCUCAGAUCAGGAAGGGAUGAGUGUUUAGGCUGUUUGCUGGGGCUCAGGACACAGCAUUGUAUUUUGGGAGAUCAAGACUGCUGAGAGAUGCAACAGAAACCAUGAGAAGAGGACUCCUCCAUCUUGAUCAGCCUGUAGCAGAUAGCUGAGACAAAGGCACACCUAAACAGGCAGGUGUUGACUCCACCCUGUACACAAUACCAGGCUACACUUCAAAUCAUACCUUCGGGGAAUCUGAUAUGGAGGUGUCAUCAAAUCACACUCCAGUGGUUUAAACCUCUCCUGUCAACCUCCUGUCCAGUGGUGGUGCUGGGCAGACGACGGGCAGUGCCAUGCCCCAGGCGUGAGAGCGCAUCCUCCGGCAGACUCAGGCGUGGUGGUGGACCCCCGGCGGGCAUCUGGCUGUGGGAGGUGAUGAAGCUAAAGCAGCGUGUGGUGGUGCUGUGCGCUGUGCUCUUUCUCCUUGGCCUGGCCAAGGUUUUUCUUCUGGAUGGGGGCGAGGGAUCAGCUGUUAGUCGCCGCGACCUCCGUGCCUUCCGUAAGAUGGAGGCCAACCUGGCACUGGCCAAAGGAGCUCGCCUCACACACACACUGCAGUCGCCCUGGGAAGUGGCAGCACAGUGGGUCGGUCCACGAGAGGUGUACCCGGAUGAAACACCGGAGCUAGCCGCGGUGUUGAACGCUCUGGCCACUGCCCGGGUGGAGAGGGCGGACGUGGGCUAUAAAGGCACCCAGCUUAAAGCCCUGCUGGUGCUUGAUGGAGGACAGAAAGUGGUAUUCAAACCCAAGAGGUACAACAGGGACUAUGUGGUUGAGGGAGAGCCAUAUGCAGGGUAUGAUCGGCAUAAUGCAGAAAUAGCUGCUUUUCAUCUGGACAGGAUUCUGGGUUUUAGGAGAGCGCCGCUGGUGGUGGGGAGGUUUAUAAAUCUGCGCACAGAAUUAAAGCCAGUGGCCACUGACCAACUGUUAAGCACUUUUCUCAUGCACGGAAAUAAUACAUGUUUCUAUGGGAAGUGUUAUUACUGUCGUGAGACUGAACCUGCAUGUGCAGAGGGAGAUGUGAUGGAGGGAUCAAUAACUUUGUGGCUGCCUGACGUCUGGCCCCUACAGAAACACAGACACCCGUGGGGACGCACAUAUCGUGAGGGCAAACUUGCCAGGUGGGAGUAUGAUGAAAGCUACUGCGAGGCCGUGAAGAAAAUGCCUCCUUACGAUGCCGGUCCACGGCUCCUGGAUGUCAUCGACACAGCCAUGUUUGAUUACCUUAUCGGAAAUGCUGAUCGACAUCACUACGAGAGUUUCCAAGAUGACGGUGGAGCCAGCAUGCUGAUUCUUCUGGAUAACGCUAAAAGUUUUGGGAACCAUGCUCUGGAUGAGAGGAGUAUUCUCGCCCCCCUUUAUCAGUGCUGCAUGGUUCGUGUCUCUACCUGGAACAGACUGAACAUACUGAAAGGUGGAGUUCUGAGCUCAGCUAUGCGACAGGCUACCGCCCACGAUCCCGCCUUUUCUGUGCUGACGGGACCGCACCUCGCCGCACUCGACCGGCGUCUCAACGGAGUGCUGGCUACGGUGCGGCAGUGCAUAGAGACGCAGGGUGCAGACAACACUCUGAUUGAGGAUCGCAUGAACCUGCCUCAUUCUUAAAUACACUGAAAAGUGAAACUGGGUUUGUGGAGCUGAGCACUGACUCUUGCAUAGGCUCUUUCACAUUCUCUACCUGCUACAGACCUGGAGGCCACAAGAAGCCUUAGGAGAUGACCCUGAGGAGAACAGGGAGCUGGUUGUUGAUUUUUUUCAACUGGAUUAUUUCAGUUAAGACCACAGAGGCAAAGAUCUUCCUCUUGCUCUCUGGAUCGAGUAAGGCAGUCUUUGCAGCAUAUUGGUGAAAAGUCAACAUAGCAGCUUUGUGUUACUGUAUUCAGUUCAUUCAACCGGUAUGUUUCUUUUCUAAUUUUUAAAAAGACUGGAGAAAUAAGGUUACCAAAACAGAAUUUGGGAUUAGAUAUUUGGCUAAACAUUAUUGCUCAGGAAUGUUGAAUUAUUUUCAAGUGUUCAAGUAGAGGAAGAAAAGUUACAUUAUCAGAUUUCUCCACCCAAAUUGUACAUACAGAUCAAGCUUUGAAUAAUACCGAGUUAUAAUAUUAUCGACCGUAAGAUAUUAACUGGAAUGAUUGAAGUAUGGAGAGUGAACAAAGUAUCGUACAAAGGUGGCAGGAUAUUGCUACUGAUGUUCAAAGAUGUUGACGACACAGCAAUGUAAAGCAACUGUGAGAUGUUUUGAGGAUUAAAAUUAAUAUUUAAAACAUA